AUGCUUGGCAUCAUUCCCACAAUCCAUGUGGUGUCGCCAUCUGUUGGCAAGUCCAUUACAAAUGAAUUCCGAGACAGGUUUGAGGGAAUCGGCAAAAUCAAAAACGUACAAGUUACGAUACACAUCGAUAAAGGUGUACAACCAGUUGUCCAGCAGCAUAGGAGGAUACCUUUCCACCUUAGGAAAAAGGUAGAGGCAGAGCUAGAACGUCUAGAGAAACUCGACAUAAUAGAGAAGAUCGAUGAUCCCACACCCUGGGUAUCACCCAUAGUCGUAGCCCCGAAGCCCAAGAACCCUGAGGAGAUUCGCAUUUGCUACCACCAGGUGGAGCUAGCCCCAGAGUCACGGUACAACACGACAUUCACGACACACGUCGGUUUGAGAAGGUAUAAAAGACUCAUAUUCGGAAUCUCAUCUGUUCCUGAGAAGUUCCAAAAGACACUUCGUAACUGUUUAGAGGGGCUAGAGGGAGCAAAGAACAUCAGUGACGAUAUAUUGGUGUUUGGUAAGGACCAAGAAAGCCAUAAUGAAAGGCUGCGAAAAGUCAUGAAAAGACUCCGUGAGAAGAACAUUACACUGAAUAAGUCAAAGUGUGAGUUCAACAAGAAGCAAGCCCCUCACUACGUUGCGCAAACCGGGCGCGCCUGCGACUUUGCAACGAUCACUGCACCACUACGUGCAUUGACACAUAAAGAGGUAGAGUGGAGAUGGGGUCAUGCUGAGAAAAUCGCAUUCGAACAAGUGAAGCGGAAACUCACAGAAGAGGUCAUGGCAUACUUUGACACUACAAAGGAUACGAAACUCCUUGUGGACGCCAGCCAGGUAGGACUGGGAGCGAUUCUAACACAGGAGGGAAAGGUGAUCCAAUACGCUAGUAAAGCGUUGGCAGAUGUCGAAAAAAGAUACUCACAGACAGAGAAGGAAGCUCUUGCGAUAGUAUGGGGAUGUGAACAUUUCCAUCUUUAUCUCUGUGGAUCUCCAACAUACACCCUAGUCACUGAUCACAAACCGCUAGAGGUGAUUUUCAACAAUCCGAAGAGCAAGCCGUGUGCUAUAAUAGAAAGGUGGAGAUUGAGGCUACAGCCAUACGACUUCACUGUAGAGUACAGACCAGGGACAGAAAACACAGCGGACUACAUGUCCCGACAUCCUACAUCAUCCGCAGGGACCUAUAGGCACUCUAAGGUCGCGGAGGAAUAUUUGAGCUUUCUUAUGUGCCAUGCAGUCCCAAAGGCAAUGACUGUGCAAGAGAUUGCAGCAGAAACAGCAAGGGACGUAAUACUACAAGAGGUAGUUCAGAAAAUUACAUCUGGAAAAUGGAAGGAACCAUUCAGAAACGCAGAAGCCAAGGCAUUCAUGCGAAUAAAAGACGAGUUGUCAGUUAUUUCGACACCAGAUGGCAGUGUUCUUAUGCAUAACUCUAGGUUGGUGCUACCGGCAUCGUUACAACAGCACGCUGUGAACUUAGCACAUGAAGGACACCAAGGGAUUGUCAAAACGAAACAACUGCUUCGACAGAAAGUAUGGUUUCCUGAAAUUAAUGAGAUGGUUGAGACAACAUGCAAGAAGUGUGUUCCAUGUUUGGUGAGCACCCCUGAUUCGAGACAAGAACCAUUGCAUAUGACAAAGUUGCCAGAGAAGCCAUGGACACAUGUCUCGGUUGACUUUUGUGGACCGAUCCCGAGUGGCGACUACUUGGUAGUAGUUAUAGACGACUACUCGCGCUUUCCAGUCGUAGAGAUACUGACCAAAUUGACAGCAAGAUCAACGAUCCCGAAGUUCGACAAAAUAUUCUCCGAAUAUGGAAUACCGGUGGAAGUGAAAACAGACAACGGACCACCAUUUCAAGGUGGAGAAUUUAGAGAGUUUGCGAACAACCUGGGUUUCACACAUCGGAAGAUUACCCCGCUUUGGCCGAAAGCCAACGGUGAAGCCGAGAGAUUCAUGAGGACAAUCGGGAAGGCAGUGAAAACAAGCAAUAUAGAGAACUUAAACUGGAAACAAGAACUGUAUAAGUUUUUGAGAAACUACAGAGCAACUCCCCAUAGCUCAACCGGAAUAUCACCGGCUCAGGCGUUGUUCAAUAGGGAAAUACGCACAAAAUUGCCAGGAUACGAAAAGAAGCCACAGACAGAGAUUGACAUACGAGAAAAGGACAAGAGAUCUAAGCAAAGGAUGAAGACGUAUGCAGAUGUCAGGGCGCAUGAAACAAGAGUCAGAGUAGGCAAUCGUGUACUGGUGAAGGCACGAAGAGAGAACAAACUCUCGACGCCAUACAUAUCAGUUCCCUACGAAGUUACACAAAAGAAAGGAACAUGCAUCACAGCUAAGAGGGGUGACCAUAAGAUAACCAGGAAUGCAUCCUUUUUCAAACGGAUAGAGGGGGAAAGAGGACCAAUUGUCUGUCACGACUCCAAUCCCGAUUUAGAAUCGGAGGACAAACCCGAUGAGAUAAGCGAAGACGUUCCAGAGGCGAACGAGGACGAUGCUCCAGAUGAUACGAAUCGAGGCGCAGAGGGAAAUAUCCCGGAUCGACCGACGAAAGUGGUGCACUAUCCGACCGAGUUUCUCAACAGCCUGGCGCCCUCACUCAGGUCUGCCACCACACAAAUUGGUGCUCAAGGUCGGCGCGCCCAUAAUGCGAAUGCGCAACCUGGAUGCUCCCAAGCUCUGCAACGACACAAGGCUCACAGUGAAGCAGCUCAUGCCCAGAGUCAUUGA